UAAGUCAACACAAGUAACAGCAAUAAAACUCAUAGCAGUGAGCUUCAGUAACCCGUUAAUCGCACACACUCUUCUGGGGUGGGAAUGCCACCCCUCUUCCUGGGCUGGGAAUAUGCUUUUCUAGACCGUCCUUCUACACGACUAGUAAUCGAACGAUGAAAGUCUAGCCAUCUGCCAAUCGGCGCUUGGGCGGCGAGGACGAGGGGGAAAGAACAAGGCACGGGAAGAAUGAGAAAGAGGGACACAUGUUGAGUUAACGGACCGUCCGCCUGCCUCCGCCUCCCUAAGCGGACUCGUCUCCCUUUCCCUGCCUUUAACUCCACACAGGGCACAGAUUCACCUACGCUUCCAUAUCCCCGCUGAACUAUGGAUUCAAAUAAAAUGGCAGUGAGCAUCAACAAAGCAAUCAACACACAGGAGGUUGCUGUCAAAGAAAAGCAUGCUAGAACUUGUAUAUUGGGCACGCAUCAUGAGAAGGGGGCUCACACCUUCUGGCUUGCCGUCAACCGCUUACCCCUCUCCAGCAAUGCAGUGCUCUGCUGGAAAUUUUGCCAUGUCUUCCACAAGCUGCUGAGAGACGGCCAUCCAAGUGUCAUUAAAGACUCCAUGCGGCACAAGUCCGACCUUACCGACAUGAGCAGGAUGUGGGGUCAUUUGAGCGAAGGCUACGGGAAGCUGUGCAGCAUCUACCUCAAACUGCUCAUCACCAAAAUGGAGUUUCACAUCAAAAAUCCUCGUUUCCCUGGCAACCUUCAGAUGUCAAACAGACAGCUUGAAGAGGCAGGCGAGAACGACGUCAAUAAUUUCUUCCAGCUGACGGUGGAGAUGUUUGAUUAUCUGGAGUGUGAGCUGAAUCUCUUUCUUGGUGUGUUCAGCUCAUUGGAUAUGUCUCGUUCUGUGUCCGUGACGGCGGCGGGUCAGUGUCGUCUGGCUCCUCUGAUCCAGGUCAUUCUGGACAGCAGUCAUCUGUACGACUAUACUGUCAAACUGCUCUUCAAACUCCAUUCCUGUCUGCCUGCAGAUACUCUUCAGGGUCACAGAGACCGUUUCCAGGAACAGUUUAAAAAACUGAAGAGUCUGUUCUAUCGCUCCAGUAACCUGCAGUAUUUCAAGAGGCUGAUUCAGAUCCCACAACUUCCUGAGAAUCCUCCAAACUUCCUGCGGGCGUCUGCCCUCUCUGAGCACAUCAGCCCAGUAGUGGUGAUUCCAGCCGAGGCCUCGUCUCCUGAGAGUGAACAUGUGGUGGAGACUGAAGAUCUGGUGGACACAGACAUCCCAACCUUACCGAGCGUAGUGGACACUAAAUUUGAUGACCUCUUUGGGACCUCGGCUGCUACCGAUCCAUUCAACUUCAACGGUCAGAACGGCAUGCGCAAAGACGACAAAGACCGUUUGAUCGAGCAGCUCUCAGCGGAGCUACAUGCCCUGAAAGAGGAACUGGAGUCCUUCAGACUGGAGAGUGGGCGUCUCUGUCAAGCACUGAGGGGGCGUGUGAACGAGCUGGAGGCGGAGCUAGCAGAACAGACACACCUGAAGCAGCAGGCGCUGGGAGAGAGCGAGUUCCUGAGGGCGGAGCUAGAAGACCUGCGCAGGGUCAAAGAGGACACGGAGAAAGAGCAACGUAGCCUGAGUGAAAUCGAGAGAAAAGCACAGGCAAAUGAACAACGCUACACCAAGCUAAAGGAGAAAUACACAGAGCUGGUCCAGAGUCAUGCUGACCUGCUGAGGAAGAACGCCGAGGUCACGCGCCAGAUGACGGUGGCCCGUGCCGCCCAGGAUGAGGUGGAGAAUAUCCAGAAAGAAAUGCAGGACAGAUUGAAGGCUGCUCAGGAAUCCACAAGUCAGCAGGAGAAGGUUCAGUUAGAACAGCUUCAAGCUCUACAGGCCGAGCUCUUGUCCAGCAGAACAGAACUAGAGACUCUGAAGAGCACAGUCACUUCCUCCCAACAGUCUCAGGAGCAGGUCUGUACUCUGCUUACUGCUCUAGAGGUUGAGAAGGCGGGGCUUAUGGAGACACUUUCUCAGAAGGAGGCGGAGCUGGCAGGUUUGGGGGUGGAGUUAGAGCGUGUGCAGAGCAGUCUGACCAAUGAGAGGGAGAGCGGCGUGAAAGCUGCCGAAGCCCUGCAGAAUCAACUCAACGAGAAGGAAAGUCGUGAGCAGGCUCUUGAGAGCGAGCUUGCGGGUUUGCGCUGGACGGCUCUGCGUGGAGCUCUGGAGGAGGCAGAGAAGAUCGUACAGGACAGCCUGAAUCAGAUAGAUGACCCCACACACAUCAGCUGCACCAGUUCUGCCGAUUACCUGGUGUCCAGGUGCCAGGUGGCUCUGGACUGUGUGGAGAGGCUGCAGUCUGCCAGAGAUGGCUUUGUAUCAGAUAACACAGAUGUGUCCGGGGUGGUGCGGGCAGUGACUCAGUUCGCUCACCUGGUGGGUGAUGUGAUCGUGCAGGGGAGUGCCACUUCACACAUGGUGCCAGUAGAACAAGCUGACGCAAUGGCAGACAGCGUGAAGGCGUGCGGCGCGGAGGCCCUGGCGUUACUGUGCCAGCUGAAGGAGCAGGAGUCUAUGGGGACUGCAGACUGUAGCCGGUUGAGGGCGGUACUGGAUACUGUAAUGGGAUUGGGCGAGAAGUUGCGGCCGCGGGGUCUGAAUCUGCAGCAGGGUGAACUGGGAGAUCUGGUGGAACAAGAGAUGGCUUCCACAUCAGCGGCGGUGGAGUCAGCCGCAGCCAGAAUCGAGGAAAUGCUCAAUAAGUCCAGAGCGGUCGACACUGGAAUCAAAAUGGAAGUCAAUGAAAGGAUUUUGGCAUCCUGCACGGAUCUUAUGCAGGCCAUCAAAGUGCUGGUGCUUUCCUCUAAAGACCUGCAGAGAGAGAUUGUGGAUGGUGGCAGGGGGGCUGCGUCUAUGAAAGAGUUCUACGCCAAAAACUCCCGAUGGACUGAAGGUCUUAUUUCCGCCUCCAAGGCCGUAGGUUGGGGCGCCACCAUGUUGGUUGAUGCCGCAGAUCAGGUGGUGUUGGGGAAGGGCAAGUUCGAGGAGCUGAUGGUGUGCUCGCACGAGAUCGCCGCCAGCACGGCCCAGCUGGUAGCUGCAUCUAAGGUGAAGGCAAACAAGGGCAGUUCGAAUCUUACCAGCCUGCGGCAGGCUUCCAAAGGGGUCACCCAGGCUACCGCGGGCGUCGUGGCAUCAACCAAGUCCGGCAAAUCUCAGAUCGAAGAUACGGAAACUAUGGACUUUUCCGCUAUGACCCUCACUCAGAUCAAGAGGCAGGAGAUGGACGCACAGGUGUUGGUCUUGGAGCUGGAGACGCGGCUUCAGAAAGAGAGGGAGCGUUUGGGUGAAUUAAGAAAGAAGCAUUAUGCGCUCGCUGGUGUGGCGGAGGGCUGGGGAGGAGAGGAGGAAGGAACGGGUUGAGACAAGUCACGGUCUGUUCCGCAGCCCUGCUGAGGGGGCGCUUAGCUUCUUUAUAUACUCUAUAUCUUUCCCUUCUCUGUUUUUGUUGUACUUUUUAACUUUUCUCUUGUAUUGUACAUUAAAGCCAAAUAAAAGGUGCUUUUUUCUAACCUGCUCCCUCCCCUGCCUGUGGAGUUAGAUGGCUUGUGAUGACAUUCUGUGAUGAAGGGGCGGGAGAGGAAGGAAGGAAGGAAGUGGAAUUUGGAAUGGGUUGCACACCACCUAGUGGACAGAGAGGAAAGUGCAGGCUCGCCGUACUGUCAGAACAGCUGCGUUUGGAGAAUCGACCCUUCCUUUCCUCCCCAACCUCCCUGUGAGACCACACAUCCCAUGAUGCAAUGCACAAGGGUGAGUGACCCCAUCUGCCGGAAAUGUUGACACUGUGCUGUGAUCCUUCCGGACGUAACUUCAGACUACAAACAGCACCGGUGUGUCACUUCCACUUCUCAAACGCAUUCCUCAACGCCGGCCCGACCUCCAGUGUGAGGGGGACUGCCGACACAGGAUCACCGCAAACAGACCGCCCUCGUCCUUAGCUGUGGUUUCUGGAGUAUGGACAAAAAUAAGUGUUAUGAUGACCGACUGUGGACUAACACCCGCAAAACACUAGCAAUGGUUCACUUUGUCCGUUUGUAUAUGUAUCCGUUGUAUUUUUGAUGGGGUUUUAUUUUCAGGGUUCCUUCGGUUUAUGUAUGCCUGAAAUAGACUUAACUCACAGGCUUUUAACCACGUUCACUUUUAGGGACAACUAUGCCGUUUGUCUAACAACAUCUUCGGGCAAAACUGUCACCAACUUCAAGUCCAUGACUGUAAAUGAACUGACUGUUUUCGUGACCUCGCGUCGAGCUAGAAAUCGUUGUUAUUUAACAGCUCUGUAUUAGGUCAUAGUGUCCUUAUUAAACGUGUAUUAGCUACAGUCUGGAAUAGUUCAGAAAAGCAAGAUUUGGUUUUCCAGGACUGGAGUUUCCUCGGCUUACACUUAAGUGCUGUUAAUACGAUCAGUAUCUGUUAAUAACCGUUGUCCACGUGAGGUGGACAACCCUUCACAAUGAGGUGAGGUGAAACGUCCGUGCCUUCAAAAGGGAUAUAAAGGUCAAGGAUCACAUUCCCUCAAAAGACAUUUGAAAUCUUGAUCCGAGUAGCAUUAGGUUGGUGUGUGUUUUUCAAGUUGUGGUUUGGUGAUGCUGAGAUCAUGGAGAAAUCAAUAGAGGAGCAGAUGUGGCUCUCAGCUUCUGAUGGGUUUCUUUUGUGUCUUGAGCUUCCAGCACACCACUUUCCACAUUGAUGUAUCUCUAAAGGGUUACUAAAUAAAUGUAUGGGUCAUAUUUCAGUCCACUAGAACUAAAAGUCAGGAAAAACAAAAUCUUGAAGUCUUGUUUUAGGACCAGUAAGGUGUUAUUGGAAAUGAAACCUUUAUAUCCGUAAUUUUGCUGUAGAAUAUUAACUAUUAAGACUAGCUGCGGAAAAAAAUAAGAGACCAUCUCAAAAUUAUUUCAGUUUUUAGGUAAAAUGAGCAUUUUUGUUUCAUUCUGUGAACUAAUAAUAUUUCUCCCAAAUAUCAAAAAAAUAUAUUGUUUUUAUUUGCAGAAAAUAAAAAAAUAGGUCAAAAUAACAGAGAAGUGAAUAUGAACUUGUUUUCUUUGCCGUAUUUGAAGUCUGGAGAAUACAGAGCAUCUUUUAAGCAACAGAACAGUAAUAUUUGUACAUGCAUUUAGGAAAAGUGGAAAAAAAACCUUGUUUUCAUGUGUUUUGUCAUGCUGUCAGACUUUCACGCUGCUGUUGGAUGAUUUUAUCAUUCCUGAAGUUUGAUUUUGUUGAAGUUCAACAGACAUUGGACUGGAAUGAACACAAUACAUCUAGAAAUGCUGAAUAAAUGAUAUGGUCUCUUCAUUUUUCCCGUGGCUGUAUAUUAUGUAUUUGAGCAAGUCAUUUUUAAGUGCACUGCAGUAAUGUGAAUUUCACAAUGCUAAACAUAUGAAUGAUCUCAAUAUAGGCUUCAUUUUCUUAAAUGCGUUAUUUCUUAUUGGCUGAGAUAUGACUUGGAUUUUUAUCCAUUCAAAAGAGAUGCAUGAGGAGAAGGUUUGAGAGGUCUGUCCAGCGCAGUUGUCAAUAGCAAUGUAGACCACAUAGCCUUGUAGACCACAACUGUCUGCCUGCAGCACGUGUCUAAACCAGGACUGACAUCAACUUCAGCUCGGUCCAGGGUACAAACCACAGUUACCUCAACUUCUCCACAAAGCAAAACUUCACCUGUUGGCGAACUAAAUAAAAUCCACAAAUUGAGUUUGAAGACUCAAUAUGAACAUGAUUUGAGAUGUGCGUGUGUGUUGUUUUAAUAGGCUACUAAUAUAAUGUUUGCUCUGAAUGCAUACGUGUGUGGAUGUUGUGUGAGAUUUGAUGGCCUACUGUAUAACCCUCAUGUUGUUAUGCGAUACCCUCAUAUUGUUUUUCUUUUUACACUGCUUUGGGUGUUACGUUGCGACACUGGGUAGCCUAUUUAAUUUACAUUUUGUGGGGUGUCAAGACUUCCAGUUUCGGAUGAUGUCGUUUAGAUUUGGAUCUAGUCUUAACCAGCUCAGCCACUCAACUGCCUCUCACUUUUGUCAAUGAGGAAAACAAACGAAACGCUCAAUAACAUUUUGGAUAAUGUCUUUGUAUGAUAUACUACUAAAACUAUGUGUGGGUUUGUUUUAUUUUUCAGUUUUUAAAUAAAUAAUUCACUCAUUCAAA